GCGUUCUUCUUCACCGUUCAUCGAACGAAGAGCUAUUUCUCUCGUAUUUCUUCGUUGUUUUGCUUUAUUUAUUCGCCGUUUUUGAAGCUCAGAUUUGCUCCAUAAUGGCGUCGAGAACCUGGCUCUCUGUUUUGGCUUUAUUUCUUGUUGCUUUGAGAGUUUCAGAGGGUAGAGAGUAUACAGUUGGAGGUGGAAAAGAUGGGGCAUGGACGGUUCCUUCUAAUUCUUCUUCUGGUAUUUUGAAACAGUGGGCCGAGAGCUCUCGCUUCCAAAUUGGUGAUCAUCUUGUGUUUAAAUACAACAAGGACAACGACUCAGUUCUCCAAGUCACAGAGAACGACUACAAUACCUGCAUAACCUCAUCUCCCAUCGCCUCUUACAACGACGGAAACUCGGUGGUUAAGCUGGAGAAAUCAGGCCCCCACUACUUCAUUAGCGGAGAGAAAGAUGCCUGUGAAAAGGGAGAGAAAGUGAUUGUGGUGGUUUUAUCUCCGAGGGCACCCAUUGCUGGAGAUGGUCCUGCUUUCUCUCCUUCUGGAGAUGGCCCUGCUCUCUCUCCUUCUAGCCCUGCUGUUCCCCCAUCUAGCUCAGCUCCUCCUCAAGCUCUAAUGGUGGUUUUCAAUGCUGGCUUUGCUCUGGUUUUGGCUGGUUUAAUGAUGGUUUUGUUCUAGACAGGGGCUCGGAUAGAUGUCUUAUGUUUUUCUUCUUUAUACAGUUACUAUUUUUUUUUUUUUCAAAGUCUUUGGGUUUUUUGAGGUAUACACACAUUCAUUUGGGUUGAUAUGGAAAUUGGGGAGGGAUUAGUGGUGUAAAAUUGGAUGGGUAUUUCUUGACCCUAUCAUUCAUUUUGAUCAGUGUUCUUGUUUUGGAAUAAAUAUAUACCAGUGGACGGAUUUAUUAUGGUGUCA